CUGUGGACUGAAAGAGGAAAUUAUUUCCGCGGAAGUAUUUGGCACCUGAGCGCAAAUAGGUUUCUACAGUUGGCCGAAAGCGGUAGUAGCCCUCGUUCCGCGCGCCCCGUAGUGGCCGCGCCUCGGCCUUCGCCAACUCAUCACGCAGCCCCGCAGGAAAACCCAGGCCAGGGCUCGGAAGUACACGGCCGAAGGCCCAACAGCCCGGCGCUGAGUCCUGGAAACCCGCCAUCCUGAGCCCUGACCCACGCCGGCAUCCCCCUGACCUCAAUGCAAAUAGAAGUGGGGCCGAGGUGAGGCGCGCCAGGGGUUCUAGAAGCAUGGGCGUGACGCAAUCUGGCUGGGGCACGGGCCCCCUCCGCCCAUUGGCUGCCGGCGCUGGGGACCCCUCCCGACCCGCGGCGGGGCUGGAAUAAGAGCAGCUGCUGGCUCUGGGAGGCGUCCAGACGCUGCCUAGCCCAAGAGUCGCCUGGACUUCCGAAGGGCUCCCGUUUAGCACCGCAGCCUCUACUCCAAGACAUCGCCGACCAGGGAGACGUCAUGGGCUUCCAGAAGUUCUCCCCAUUCCUGGCUCUCAGCAUCUUAGUUCUGUACCUCUCAAGCAACCUGCAUGCAGUGCCAUUCAGGCAGGACUUGGAGAGCAGCCCAGUCCUGGUCGAGCUAGGUGAAGAGGAAGCGCGCCUCCUGCUGGCAGCACUGGUGCAGGACUACCUGCAGAUGAAGGCCAGUGAGCUGGAGCAGGACCAGGAGACAGAGGGCUCCAGCCUGGACAGCCCCAGAUCUAAGCGAUGUGGUAAUCUGAGUACCUGCAUGCUGGGCACCUACACACAGGACCUCAACAAGUUUCACACAUUCCCCCAAACUGCAAUUGGGGUUGGAGCACCUGGCAAGAAAAGGGAUAUGGCCAGUGACUUGGAGACAAACCACCACCCUCUUGUUGGCAUGCCCCAGGAUGCCAACUAAACUCCCUCUCUCCUUUCUAAUUUCUUUUCCUGCUUUCUUCCUAUAACUUGAUGCAUGUGGUUCCUCUCUGGUUGCUCUUCGGGCUGUUAUUAGUGGAUUUCCUCUGGCAGAGAAUCUCUGGGAUCUGAGAUGGGCAGAGAGAGAGAGAGGAGGACUCAAGAGACCAGAAGAGAAUCAUCCGUCUAACUGUGCUGGUCAUUUGGGGAAUAAAAUUAUUUUUCCAAAAAGA